AUGAACAGUUUUACAGGCGAAUGUCCACCACCACCUUCCCCUACCACAUGUCGGAGGUGUCCUUUGCUAAAGUCAUCAAAUCCUGUGGCACAGGAAGAGGAUGAAAUGGCAGAAACUGGACCUGAGGCCUUGGCCAGGAUGAUUGUGGCAAAAGGACUAAUCAUCCUGGUGCCAAGCACCCAAUCGUUCAUCUACCAGGGCUUCUCAGUCUAGCAGCACAUCAUUACCCUGUUGCCAACGGAGACGUGCUCCUGCUCUGCAACGGACAGCGCCCAGAGGUGUUCACCGACUGGCAGCUUUAUUGGCCAUUGGCGGGAGUGUGGACAAAACGCUUUGACCAUAUGUGUGCCACCAAGGAGCAUGUCCAGAUGCCCACCAAAUCCCAGGAAGGAUUGUCGACUGUUGAUCAAUGGGUAGGUCUUAUUUGUUACACGAUUUUUUCUUAUUUGGGUAUGUGAUAACAUUUUGACCAUUUUACUAAGCCUUGUGGUCCUCCUGGGUUUUCUGUAUAUCCAGAUCUGUCCAUAACUGAACUGUCACAAUUGAUCUAUAGGGUGAUCAAUUCCAACAGUCUCGGUCUGAGACACAUCCCAGCAGGUACGACGAAUUGGAGAAUAGAUUAUGUUGAAUGUGAAACUGUUUUCCCACUGUAUGUUCAUCACAUCUGUACACUCAGGCAGUUUGAACACCCUUUUUCUGCCCAUGAUCUGUUUGUGUAGGUGAAGAAAUUGUGGGCCAUUUCAUCGGAUGGAGUGGCCAGGGCAAAGGCAAGGAUUUCGUUGGAGGGACGCGUUGCCAUCCUGCACCUCCAUGACUUCAUUACAUUGAAGCCCAUCGAGUGGCUUAGUGGGCAGGUAUAUUCAGGUCGCCCACAUGUUAUGGUUGAAUUGUAUGAAAUAGCCAUGCGUGCAGUUCAUACGAAGUACAAUUAGAGCUGUUGCCUGCGCUGACUGUCUUGCCUGGGCAUCAUGUCAACUUUGACCAACCAUAUGCCAUUCUGGUUUAGAUCUUUGACUUCUACAUCCAACUGAAGAGGAUGACCUUGAAGUGGAGAGUGAUGUUUUUAUUGUGGAUCAUCUUGUGGCAGGGAAUAUCCUGCAUGGGAUAA